AUGACUUCUGAGAAGAGUCACAACAAAAGGGUAACAGAGCUUCUGGUUUCUUUCGAACUUCAAGUUGCCAUGGAAAACCCAGAAGUGCCCGGUAUUCCAGUCAAUGAAUUUUGUGCUGUCAAGGCUUCUCCUGGGAAGGGUCGUGGCCUUUUUGCGGCAUGCGAUCUUAGGGUGGGGACACAUAUCUUAUCUGACAGACACAUCGUCAAGAUUCCCGGAAUUGUUUUGGAUCCUGACGCUCUUACAAAACUUGAAAUCGAGUUUCUGACUAUCGCCAUCAGCGAGCAGCUGAAGGAAAUCAGCAAGGAAAAACAGAGAGAAUUCUUUUCGCUGGAAAACGCGCACAAGGAGGUUCUUGGGGUAUUCCUUGGGACUGCCAUGACCAAUGCCAUGGCCAUGGGCGUCCAGGCCAAAGCCUGCGGCGUAUAUCUCAAUGUAUCGCGAAUAAACCACGGGUGCAGGCCGAACGCAGUCGCCAUAUUCAACGAUUCUGGUGAAGUUAUGAUUCACGUCGUGAAAAGUAUCCCAAAAGGGAAAGAGAUCACAAUCACAUACAUUGAACCGGCUUUGACCUUCUCGGUCCGAAAAAACCACCUGAAACAUAGGUUUGGGUUCAACUGUACCUGCGAACUCUGUAGUCGCUCGCCGGAAGAACGAUAUGCAAGCGAUAUGAGGUUGGGUGCAAUUGUUCUCCUCUCCAAUACCAUUCGAGUGGAAGGCAUCGCCAUUAACGAACCGCUGGAGACUCUUCAGAAUGCACACGCAUUGUGGUUUCUGUUGAAAGAGGAAGGAAUUGCAGAAAUGAUUGCCCCGACGUUCUACUACGAUGCUGCAAUCAUCGCGUUUGCACACGGAGACCGCGCACGUACUAAAGUCUUCGCUGAAAAGGCCAAAAAGGCAGCCAGGCUUGCAUAUGGAGCCAACCACACAAUUACAGCUGGGGCUGAUAUGCUUGUCAAUGACCCGGUCGCGUUUGGACUCAUUCAGAAAACAACAAGGUGGAAGCAGGAAGUCGAUAAAAUCCCGCGUGGCUUGAGCAGAAGGGAUUUCGACAAGUGGCUAUGGAAGGAGGAGAACUGA